UGCGAGCCUUGCAGUUACGAGGAGCUAGCCGCGGCAAGCGGAGCGCACAAAUCCAUCCGACUCCGAAAUCGCCGUAGCCGUCGUAGGAAACCCAACGAUAUAGAAGGCGAAACGGGGCCAGAACGACACCCAGAGCGAGCCAGAUAAGGAGGGCGCUACAAUGCUGAACACCUUCAGCUCCGUGAGGCAGUACCUCAAGUUCGACGUCACGCGGGUGGUCAUCGACAACAUAGUGUUCAAGCUGCACUACCGAUGGACCUUCGUGAUGCUCCUGGUGGCCACGCUGCUGAUCACGUCGCGCCAGUACAUCGGGGAGCACAUCCAGUGCCUUUCGGACGGGGUCAUUGCGCCGGUCAUCAACACCUUCUGCUUCUUCACGCCCACCUUCACAGUGGUGUCCGACCGGAACCAGAGCACCUACAAGCCGGGCAGUGAGCCCCCCGGCAUAGGCAACUACGACCCCUCGAAGGACCAGAUCAAGCGGCACGCCUACUACCAGUGGGUGCCCUUCGUCCUCUUCUUCCAGGCGCUCUGCUUCUACGUGCCGCACGCCCUGUGGAAGAAGUGGGAGGGCGGCCGCAUCAAGGCCCUGGUCUUCGGCCUGCGGAUGGUGGGUCUGACCAGGUACCUGAAGAACGACAGCCUGCGCAUCGGCAAGCUGAACAUCCCCUCCAUGGCGGAGGCGGAGGAGCGCAUCAAGGACAUCCGGCGCACCAUGAUCGACAGGAUGCGGCUGAACCAGUCGUGGGGUGCCCACCUGGUCACCGCCGAGGUGCUCAACCUGCUGAACCUGCUGGUGCAGAUCACGUGGACCAACCGCUUCCUGGGCGGACAGUUCCUCACGCUGGGCCCGAAGGCCCUGAGGAACCGCUGGUCCGACGAGCUGAGCGUCCUGGACACCGUCUUCCCCAAGGUCACCAAGUGCAAGUUCCACAAGUACGGCGCCUCGGGCUCCCUGCAGGACCACGACACCCUCUGCGUGAUGGCGCUGAACAUCAUGAACGAGAAGAUCUACACCAUCCUGUGGUUCUGGUACGCCUUCCUCCUGACCGUCACGGUUCUCGGGCUGGUCUGGAGGGUCUUCACCCUGUGCUUCUACAGAAAUGUCACCUUCACGCGCUGGUCGCUCUACUGGGCCAAGCCCGGCCAGCUGGACGAGAAGGAGAUAGCGGCGGUGAUCGGCAAGUGCAACUUCUCCAACUGGAUGUUCCUCUUCUUCCUGCGCUCCAACCUCUCGGAGUUCCUGUUCAAGAAGGUCAUCUACCACCUGGCCAGCGAGUUCCCCAACCCCGACCACGACAACGACAUCAAUGCCUACCGCGAGGCGCCGCCCACGCCCUCCAAGCCCCGCUACCCGGACAUCAGUAGCCUGGACACGGUGGACGCGCCCCUGCUCCACCUCCGGCAUCCUGGCACGCCCGCGGCGGGCGGGGCCACGCCCCUCGCAGGGCCGACGACCUCGGAGGUGUCCAAGCUACCUGUGUAAUUUAUGCAUUCCAAUUAACGCUAGGCAAUCAAUUACCGGAGCUUUGUCUGUUUACACCUGUUUUUUGUACGAUCAUUUCAUUAUAAAUAUAUUUAUUUUAAGAGA